GGAAAGGGGGCGGGAGCAUGAAAGAGAAAAUGAAAGCUGUCAGCAGAGACAGAGAGCGAGGGAAGGAUGAUACAGCUCAAAUGAGGUAAAUUAAUAAAAACAUGGAAUUAACCUCCAUCUACACCUCCACCCAACUCAGGGAAUCUGGGGUGCUAGGGCAACAUGAUUACUGUUCUAUGGUGAUAGUGUUGAACUUAUUAACAUCUAAACAAAGUUAUUUAACUGUUUAGGGGGUCAAUGUGCGUUUGUGUGUGUCUAUCCUAGUAUCAGAUUACAAUUACAGCCCUGUCCUUCUCUACUGUAGCCUGCCUGGACAGCUAGGGUCAUUUAUAACCAGCUAUCUCUUACACUCACCAUGUAACACACUGGGAUUGCUGCCUGGCUGUAAGCGUGUGUAUCAUUGCAUAGAAUAGAUAGCAGCCUUUAUCGACCAGACCGGAAUUUAAAUUGUUCAGCUUCUUGGCUUUAUAAAAGCAGACCUAAUUAAUUCAACACAUUACCACUUCAUUACUGUGUGAGAUCCUCACUGUAAGAAAAAUAAAUAAAUAACAUAGCUGUUUUUUCUAUCUUCCUUCAGGUUCAAGAAAGAACUUCUGGACAUUUCUACUAGCCUGUUGCUGUAAGGUUAUACAUUUCCGUCUAACCAGAGAGACUACGUUCCUCCUGAAGUGUAAUUAUCAACAGCUAUCCUCCCUGAUGUUUCUCUACGUUCUGAAAACAAACUGAAUGCCUGCAGACUGUUUGCUGCUCUCAAGAGCGAUCAUUAUUAUCCUUAUCCUUACAGUAGUCCUCCAACAACAUUUCCACCAUAAUGGUCAGGUUCUUGGUUCUGGCCCUCCUGUCUCUGGCUGGUGUGAACCAGACCUCCGCUAGCCCGACCCAGGCCUCUGAGCCCCCUAACCCCACUGAGGAGCAGCCUCCCCUGGGUACAGGAAGCCUCUCAUUCCCUUGGAGCCACCUCCGUCUUCCGGGGUACAUUGUUCCGCUCCACUACCACCUCCUGCUCCACCCUAACCUCACUAUGCUCAGCUACAGCGGUACAGUCCGGAUAGAGCUUCAGGUUCAGAACAAUACCAACUGGGUGGUGUUGCACAGCAAGGGGCUCCGUAUCACUACGGCAACCAUGUUGGACCAGAACCUGGCUCACCUGUCAGACCAGGUAGGUUACUCCCUCAGAACUAAACUGUCAUGCUCAGUUUCUAACGAUGUCCCACUUUUCUCUUCUCUGACAUGUCCGUCUAAUGACUACCGCAUGUGUGUAUGUGUUCCUGUACCUGUGCGUCCUCAGGUGCUCCCUGUGCUCCACAAUCCUACCCAUGAGCAGACUGCCAUCUUCUCUCCCAGAGUACUCAGCGGUGGGCAGAAGUACUUCCUGUUUCUGGAGUUUGGGGCGGAGCUAGGAGAAGGCUUCUAUGGCUUCUACAGGAGCACCUACAGAACCAGCACCGGAGAGACACGGUAUGGAGUGUGUGUGUGUGUGUGAAUGUGUGUGUGUACCUCACUCUCUCUCUCCAUGUGAGGGAGAAAGGCUGUGUUGUACAUCACUCCCCAACCAAAUGUUUUUUGUGAGACAUCACAUGAUAAACUCCUUGUAAUGUCUCUCUCUCUCUCUGCUCCCCGCUCUCUCUCUCUCUGCCCUCCCUCUAUCUAUCUCUCCAGGAACCUGGCCUCCACUCAUUUUGAGCCCACAAGUGCUCGGAUGGCGUUUCCUUGUUUUGAUGAGCCGAGCUUCAAGGCUAACUACUCUAUCAGUAUCAGGAGGAGCCCGGCACACACCGCCCUGUCCAACAUGCCUGUAGUGAGUAAACACACAAAAGCAACAUGGUGGCAGGUGGAUCAUAGUAUGUGAUUGUGUAUUCCAAUGUCUGUGUGUGUUUCCCCUUUAGGAGCAGACAGUGGUCCUGGAUGAUGGACUAAUGGAGGACCGUUUUGCUGUGAGUGUAAGGAUGAGCUCCUAUCUGGUGGCCUUCAUCGUGUGUGACUUCAGAUCCGUCAGCGCAACAACUGCCUCAGGGGUCAAGGUAGGUAGGACUGGGGACAGGGGUGUGUGUGAAUGUGUGUACAUGUAUGUACAUACUGUAUGUGUGAUUUCAGAACAUCACUGUAAUAUGUUUCAGGUAUCUGUCUAUGCUGCUCCUGAGAAAUGGCAGCAGACCCAUUAUGCUCUGAAGGCUGCAGUCAAACUACUGGAGUUCUAUGAGAAAUACUUCAACAUCAACUACCCACUACCUAAACAAGGUAACUCAAAGGUGCUGAUGACCAGGGUUCAAUAGCAGUUGGUUAAACAAGUAAGGUAAUCAUUAUGAAGUUGCUGCCUGCCUUUGUCCCCUCCAGACCUGGUUGCUAUCCCAGACUUUCAGGCGGGAGCGAUGGAGAACUGGGGUCUGAUCACCUUCAGAGAGACCAGCCUGCUCUACGACCCUGCCACCUCCUCAGCCUCCGAUAGGCUCUGGGUUACCAUGGUGAUCGCCCAUGAGCUCGCCCACCAGGUGAGAGCCGGACAGAAAGUUGUUCAGGGUGUUGAACAGGAAGUAGCAGGUCAUGGCAGGAAGUGAACCUUUGGUAGUGUGAAGAGGGAUUAGACAGUGAUGUCAUAAACCUCUGCAUUCUUCAGGAAGUUUAUCCUCACUGGGAGACUAAUGGAUCUCCUCUCAGUGAAUGGACCUGAAUUAAACAACUGGAACAGAUCUCUGUCCUCCUCUUCUGUUGACAUCUCUCAUUGUCUGUCCUCUCCUGCCUGCCUGUUUGUCUGUAUGUCAGUGGUUUGGCAACCUGGUGACCAUGGAGUGGUGGAAUGACAUCUGGCUGAACGAGGGCUUCGCCAGAUACAUGGAGUACAUCUCAGUCGACGCCACAUACCCCAAACUCAAAGUGGUACGAUCCUGUUACUCAUAUGUUGUACACAUCCCUACUCCAACUUCAUAGUAGUAUUCAUGUUUAGUAUGAAUGUUUCAAAUGUCCCUGAGGGAUAUUCCUGUUGAAAAGGUGCCCUUUUUAUCGCUCAGGAGGAUUAUCUGGUGGACACCUGCUUUGCUGCGAUUGGUCGAGACUCUCUUAACUCCUCCCGCCCCAUCUCCAGUGCGGCUGAGAGCCCCACACAGAUUAAAGAGAUGUUCGACACAGUAUCCUACAAUAAGGUAGACAAAAACACACACACAUGCAUGCACGCAAACACGCACACACACAUAUUUUUCUAUAACAUUGCUUUUACCAACCCUGUCUUUACUUCAAGGGAGGGAGUAAGGAUGAAUGUCUAAAGUCUUGGAUCAGAGCCACAGUGUUAAUGUACUGUGGUGUUUGUUCCACUAGGGGGCAUGUGUCCUGCACAUGCUCAGACACUACCUGACUGACCAAGUGUUCCAGAGUGGAAUCGUGCGUUACCUUCGCAGGUACAGCUACAGCAACGCUCACAACCAGGACCUGUGGGACAGCCUGGCCAAUGUGCGUAGAUCGAUCAAAUUAUAUAUGUUUUAUUGAUCCCUCUGUGUAGGAUGAUUUAGUGUGUAAAUGUAAGGUGCUGUGUUGUUCUCAGACAUGUUCAGAAGAGGAGUUCACCUCUGGAGAACACUGCUACAGCAGCAGGCAGGCAGCUAAGAACGCAGUAAACACACCUCUCUUUACAUAACAGUACAUUACAUUACAAUACCAACAGUCAAGAAAAUGUCAAAUAUGUACUCUGUAAAUGUCACACCACUGAUAUAACAGUGUGAUGUUUACCUGUGUGUGUGUGUGUGUUUGUGUGUGUGUGUCAGUACCUGUACGCUGGGGAGCACCUGGACCUGACGACCAUGAUGAACACCUGGACGCUGCAGACAGGUGUGCCCUUGGUAACGGUCACUAGGCAGGGGUCUCGUCUCCUGCUGAAACAGGAGAGGUUCCUGAGAACCGCACAUCCCUCUGAUCCAGCAUGGCCCAGCCUGCAGCAGGGGUAAACACACACACACACCACAAACACACACACAUUCUCUGUGAUUCUCAUGUGUAGUGAGGUCCUAUUCCUUCACCUCAUCCCUCCCCUCUCUGAUCUCUCUGUGUUAGGUUCCUGUGGCACAUCCCUCUGACAUACAGGACUGACACCUCAACAAGUAUCCACAGACACCUAAUGACCACACUCACAGGUAAGACACCUAAUGACCACACUCACAGGUAAGACACCUAAUGACCACACUCACAGGUAAGACACCUAAUGACCACACUCACAGGUAAGACACCUAAUGACCACACUCACAGGUAAGACACCUAAUGACCACACUCACAGGUAAGACACCUACUGACAACAUUCACAGGGAAGAUAGUUGCGGUCUCACUCGUCAGUAUGGAGGUUAGUGAGGAGUUGAUUGAUUGACUGGUUGUUUCACUAAUUGAUUGAUUUCUGUGUCUCUCCUCUCCUCAGACAGUGUGGAGGUGGGGGAGGAAGUGGGCUGGGUGAAGGUGAAUGUGGAUAUGGCUGGUUAUUACCUGGUCCACUAUGAUGGUUCAGGCUGGGACGACUUGAUACAACUACUGAAGGACAACCACACAGCUCUCAGCUUCAUGGACAGAACACACCUCAUACACAACGCCUUCCAACUUACCACGUAAGAAACCUACCUGUGUGUGAUUGUGUGUGUGUGUUAAAAUAUGAAUAGACAACACAAACAGACUUUUAUUUCUGACGUCAUCUCGCUAUACUAUUUCUAUAGGGCAGGUCGGCUGUCACUCGAUAAAGCCUUGGACCUUAUUGGCUACCUGCGAUCAGAAAGUCACACCGUGCCCUUACUCCAGGGGUUGGCCUACCUGGAAGCUUUCUACAGGAUGGUGGAGAGGAGAGACAUACCUGAUGUCACACAAAACCUCAGGGUAGGGCACAUACACAUACAUGUGCACACACACAUCACACAAACACAUAAAACAUGAAAUAAUUCUAAAAACAUUCUGGUUCAGUUGCAGAGUUUGAGUGUGUGUCUGGUCUGAUGUCCUCUCCAUGUGUGGUCUGAUGCCCCCUCUGUGUGUGGCCUGAUGUCCUCUCCGUGUGUGGUCUGAUGUCCUCUCCAUGUGUGGUCUGAUAUCCUCUCCAUGUGUGGUCUGAUGCCCCCUAUGUGUGUGGUCUGAUGCCCCCUCCGUGUGUGGUCUGAUGUCCUCUCCGUGUGUGGUAUGAUGUCCUCUCCAUGUGUGGUCUGAUGCCCCCUCUGUGUGUGGUCUGAUGUCCUCUCCGUGUGUGGUCUGAUGUCCUCUCCGUGUGUGGUCUGAUGUCCUCUUCGUGUGUGGUCUGAUGUCCUCUCUGUGUGUGUUUUCCGCAGACGUACAUCCUGUGGUAUUUCCGUGGUGUGAUCGACCGUCAGACGUGGAGCGACAAGGGCUCUGUGUCUGAGAGGCGGCUGAGGUCGGAGCUCCUUUCCCUGGCCUGCCAUCUAGGAGACCUCCCCUGUUUGAAGCAGGCCCAGCGCAGCUUCACACACUGGCUGGACUCCAACAACACACUUAAGUAUGUCUGUCUGUCUGCCUGCCUGCCUAUCUGUCUGUCUGUCAGCUAUUUGAGAGAGUGGUUAAAUCCCUUGGAGAGUCACAUACCUCCUGCAAUCCAUGACCAAUCAAAGGUGCAAACUUUGCCUGACUGCAGAAGUAAACCAUGUCCUGUGUGUGCCUCUCCCUCCACCAGCCUGCCUGCAGACGUGGCAGAGACAGUGUAUUCAGUAGGGGCCCAGGAGGACACAGGCUGGGCAUCUCUCCUCCAGACAUACACCCACUCCCUCUCAGAGACACACAAACACAAGAUCCUCUCUGCCCUGGCCAGCAGCCGAGACACUAACAAACUAACCAGGUAUGUACAUUCUUCUAUACUCUGUCAAUUCAAUUCAAUAUUUGACAAUACAUUCAGUUUGUAUGUGUGUUUCUACCCCAGGUUGUUGGAGCUGGGUCUAGAGGGGGAGGUGAUCCGUACCCAGGACUUGGACUCCCUCAUCACCAUGGUAGCCAGGAACCCCAGUGGACAUCAUCUGGCCUGGAGCUACGUCCAGAAAUACUGGAGCACCCUGGUGGACAAGUAGGUGGUAGAGAGGGAGGGGAUAGAGAGAGGGAGAGGGAGGGGGAGGGGGAGGGGGAGGGGAAGGGGAAGAGGGGGAGAGAGAGGUAGAGAGUGAGAGAGGGGGGGGAGAGGUAGAGAGGGAGGGAGGGAGAGAGGUGGCGGGAGAGGAAGAGAAGGAGACUAACACUAAGGAGGAGAAAUAGGUGGAGCCUAUCCGUGUGGUAGAGAAUGAGAGAGGGAAAGGGAGAAAGAUGAACUGAUAGACUGACACUGAUGAAAAAGUAGGUAGUAGUAGGCCAGCAGUCCCAUAGCCUGGGGGCUUUAGCCAACCUGUGGUGUUUUGCUCCUGUUUCUACCCUGCAGGUUCCAGUUGGGAUCGUUCUCUAUUAGAAACAUCAUCAUUGGCACCACAGGCCAGUUCUCCUCCACAGAGGAACUCACUGAGGUGAGAUUACUGAUCUGUUAGUGGCAAUAUCAUUUGUUUUCAAUCACUACACACUGACCCUAGAAAUGUAAUGUGUCAGUAGCAAAGUUCUGUUUGAGCGAGAGAGGGUGUGUGUGUCCCAUAGCCCACGGCCACGCUUACCAGGUGUGUGUUCCCCAGGUGCGUGUUUUCUUUGAGUCGAUCCAUGAGCAGGCAUCUCAGCUGAGAGUGACUCAGGUUGCCAUGGACAACAUCCAGAAGAACAUCCUCUGGCUGCAAAGAAACCUGGGAACUCUGAGGAGCUGGCUGGACCAACGGAUAGACUGAAGAGAAAAGGGGGGGGGGGGCUUGCAGUUUUUGAAAGCUUGAUUAGAGCUUUGAUUAUUAUUAUUUUUUUGAUGGAUAGUUGUGUGUAUAUAGUUUGGUCAUGAUUUUCAGUUUACAUCAGGGACUUGGAAUUGUUUUUGUUGAAUUUGAUUAAAAUGUUUAAUAAUAAAGUGUUGUAAAAGUAUUAUUUGAAGAGCAGUAAGGCCAAGAUCAUGAGGAGUUACACAGAGUAAGAGAAAAUUAAAUACAAACAGAAAACCAAUUUGUAGGUGUCAAUAGUGAAUGUAGUAGUGGUCUGAAAAGGCAAAAACAUCACAGUCUCUGUAUGUGAGACAGAAUGAAGCAUGGCCACCGUAUGGCCUCACACACUACAACCUCACAGCCAAUAGAGGGAGGGGACUGCUGAGAAUUCAGUAUGAAACAGAUAUGUGUGUAAACAUGUUGUACACAUAUCUAUGUUUUUUAAAUUUUGCUGAAUUUCUGAGUGUUGGUUUAGUUUAGUCAAAUAACAGACCUAUCGUGCAUGCACAUUGCUUGAAUCAGGGAUGGAGGGAUGGACGGAGAGGCAAUGAGAACCUCAGAAUCUCUCCUCUGUUGUCGUGGCAAUAGCCUGGAAACCAGUGGAUGGCGCUGACCUUGUACUUGUUCUGGAAAAAGCUGUUGGAGAAGUACAGUGCCUUCAGAAAGUGUUUAUACCCCUUGAUGUAUUCCACAUUCUGUUGUGUUACAGCCUGAAUUAAAAAUGGAUUAAAUAUAUUUUUUUCUCACCCAUCUACACACAAUA